UUGGCGCAUGCGCACUUUCAGUUUCCAAAUCAAUGGCCAGGGUGAAGUCGGGACCAGGGUAAUUUUGUCGAAAUGAUCUUGUUAUAUGUUCACAGAAGUUUCCUUAAUACGUAUAGACGUUUUUUUUUGUCCGUAGGCAGCAAAGUAAAUACGUUUAUACAUUCCUAGUGACCUUGUGAAAGGUGACAAGUGCAAAAAAAAAAACCCCAGCAGGUUGUGUGGAUUUUAGGUUCUAUUUAUUGUAUUUAAUUUUACUUUCACUAUGGGUGUAGUUCUGCGGAAUCUGCAGAAUGUGGUUCCCCUGAGACGCUCCAAACUGCGCAAAGAUGUGGCGAUCCUGAGGCACAUCUUUGGGGUCCAGAAGUUUGACAUAGGCAUCAUAUGUGUGGACAACCGCAGGAUUCAACGCAUCAACCACAUCUACAGGAAAAAGAACCAACCCACAGAUGUGCUGUCCUUCCCUUACUAUGAGGAUCUGAGGCCAGGCAAAAUCCCAUGUGCCCUCCAAAGAGAUGAGUAUAACUUAGGCGACAUCUUCUUAGGUGUAGAGUAUGUAAUGCAACAGUGUAAAGAGACUUCCCAGGAUCUUCAUGAAGCACUUACAGUGGUCACAGCUCAUGGAAUCUGCCACUUACUGGGAUACAGACACGAAACUGAAGAGGAGUGGAAUGAGAUGCAGCAGAAAGAAAGUUACAUUCUCAGCGAGUUCAACAGGCUAACAGGCAGCCACCUCGAGCCACUCACAAAGAGAAGCGCGUAGGACGCACGACGAUACACACCAGACUGAUUCUCGAAAGAAACUCCUGGGCCGUAAAUGGGUCGGGGAACACAUUUGCUGCUAACACGCACUACUGAGAAGUCUGAAUUAAAGCCAAAUGAAACAAACUCCUUUUUUUCUAAAUAAAUUUUAUUUAAAAUGUGUUUAAGGAAGUCCGAAUACUAAGCAAUUAAGUAGAGCUUAUACCACUGUUUCAGAGAACACCAUACACACAAUGUCCAAACAAGUCCCACUCUUCCAUGAACCUACUCGGAUGAUCAGAACAGAAAACAUGAAUGCAGUGGUUACCAAAGACAUGAAAAUGAGAAGGACAGUACAGUACAAAUCCGACAAAGAACAAGAUCCUAAAAUAAAUAAUAUCCGCGGACUUCAUGUGAAGCACUCUCAUCCGAUGCUUCCAAUAUUCAGUAAAGAUGUGUGAGCGUUUUUCAUUUGAGGUCUUUCUGAAGAUAUUCUACACAAUGGCUGUGCAACUUCACACUGUAAAGCUCUAUAGAGUAGAAAAAACUAAAUUAUUUCACUAGAUCUGUAGAUGUUGGAGAGGCAUAAAGAUUCUUAAAGUGAGAUCUUUAAAAAAAGACAAGCUACAGCCAUACCACGGAGCUUGUUAGAUUAACGUUUAUAAAAUAAGAAUAAAACAACAAACAGUCAUCAGUAAAGCCUUGAAUAUAAAUCAGUACUAUUCCAAGUCUCUCUUCAUCACUAUAGGUCAUAUAAAAGCCAACUGGCAAAGCAAAUAUUGCACCACAUUUUCAGCUGCAUAUCAAACAAGACAGACACCCCAUAUUCCACCCAAACAUAUACAAGAAUAAAUUUUUAUAUGCAAUAGAUCAGAAAUUUAAAAUUUGCAGAGGGGAAAGGGAAAAAAAAAAAUGAUAGAGAACAAGCUCUCAAUAUUUCUUAAUGCAAAAGUUUACCAGAGGGUCUUUUCAACAAAAUAUUUAAA